GCUCCUGCAUGUGUUUUCUUCCUGUUGCAGACAGUAUCACCAUCAUGCCACUCUCACCCGUUCGCGGCUUCAUCUUUCGCGUCACUUUCUUUGUUUCCCUCCGCCCUCGCCCUCCGCUGCCCACGUCGGCACACACACCCUUGGAGGAGCGGGUAAUGUUUUUUUCCCUCAUCUUUUUUUUCCUGCGCGACUGCAAUGGGUAGAUCCAGGGACCCGCACUUUGCCCACCCACGACGCGCUAGAUCGUCAUGACAUCGCCCGCAAACGAGAUAGAGAGAUAGCACCAUUCCCCUCUGUCUGUAGCAACCGGGCAGGAGUCAGGCCAGUUCCUGUCUCAGCCCAUCCAUCCACCCAUAGCUCCUCUCCUACUUGGGUUUUUAUACUCUCGCCGCUCCCGCCUUGCUUUCGCCUCCUCGCAUCCAAGUCUUCAUACACACAUAACACCGUACAUCCUAGCCGUCUGUCUGUACCUGACAUAACAUCCAGCUGUGUCGAAUCCCCGUCCAUGACUUGACCACUGCAUCAUCAACUACCAACAUCACCAACCCAUCGCUAGUCGCACUCGCUUCUGUAUAACAUCAGCCUUCAUCAGCUCCAAGAAUAUUAUCCCACCACUCCCCACGCCAACAAUCCUGUCUAUUUGACCUGCAACCGACUUACCUCAUACGCCGUACGCAUACAUACAGCCACUCAGCCCCGGUCUGGUACCAAUACGUACCCCCUUCCAAGUCGUCAGCCAGCCUUGACUUGCGCCCCAACUGCUCUGGACCCUGGUUGACUAUUUUACUUUUCCGGCCGCUCGCUCCCCGAUACCAUCAUUGUUUAGUCCUCAGCCUCCCCCGUCGCUGGCGUGGGCAUGAUCCUGUCUAGACCUUAACUUUUAUUUUCACCGCUGCUCUCCCUCUCCCACUUCCACUUCCACUUCACAUAUCGCUACCAUACCAUGCCUCGUCCUGGCGGAUUCUUUGGUGGUCACUCGGCGCCCGUGUUGGAGAUUAAACCAGAUUCACCGUUUGUCGUCUUCUAUGGCGAGGCUUCCGAAUCGCAAAAUGCAGAGCUCAAGGGCAAAUUGGUCCUCUCCCACGCCGAGUCCAUGUCGGUCAAGGCCAUUCGCAUGACCUUGACCGGCGUGCGCAAAAUCUCAUGGUAUACUUCAAACACGGUCACGCCGCAACCGAUUUCGCAGAAACAGCAUUUCCUCACCGAACAUCUCACCCUCUUCCCCGUGAGCGGAUCUCCGGUCAAAGCGCACAAGAUCAAUGCCGGUACCCAUGAGUGGGAUUUCAAGUUCAAGAUGCCUAGCAAACUGGACGAGAGCGUCGAGGGUCUACCCACCAACUACAUCAUUUACACCUUGAAGGCGACAGUGGAUAAAGGCUACAUAAGCAAGCCCCUCACGGCUACAUCGCAUAUUCGCGUUAUCCGCACCCUGGCCCGCGACCUUAUGGAUGUCGUACCCAUGGAACAGAUCAACGAGGAAAUCUGGUCGUCGAAAAUCAUGUACAAAAUUACUGUGCCACAAAAGAAUUACAUUGUCGGGACUUCCAUCACCGCAGACUUCCUGCUAACGCCCCUCCGAAAGGGUGUUGAGAUCAGCAACAUCAAAAUGGAAUUGGUUGAGACGCGGCAAUUGUUCUGCGACUUUGGCGGUCGGCGCAUGUCGCACCAAACGGAGUCGGUGGUUUGUACGACGGAGAGCAAGAUGCCCGAAAAUUCUAUGCAGUUGGUUCCCGAAGGAGUGGAAGCCGUGGACGAUAUAUUCGACGAGUGCCAUCGAUUUUCCAAGACUCUGGACCUUCCCAAGUCACUCAAGAACUGCAGACAGUCAAUCGAUACCGAGCACAUACGCGUGUCGCAUAAACUUCGCAUUUAUGUCAACCUGCUCAACCCGGAAGGUCACACCAGUCAGCUGCUGGUCAAGAACCACGUUAAUUUGUUCAUUUCGCCCAAUUUACCGCCUGGCGAGGACCAGAGCGUGCUGGUCGAUCACUCCAUUCUCUCGCAACAAGCCAUCCAGGACGACAUCAACCAAAAUGCACCACCGACAUAUGGCCUUCAUCAGCUCGACUCCCUCUACAAUGACAUCGACCCGAACGGUUUCCUAACGCCAGGAGGUCGUGCAAGCAUCGGCAGCAGCGGCGCCAAUACGCCAUUCUACGCACAGUCUCGCUCAGGCUCAGCCGAGAACUUAGCUUCUCUUGAUGCCACUAUUGGUGGCAGCAAUGGCGGCGGAGUCUCAACAGUAGCCCUCCAACAUCGUCUCGCAAACCUCAAUCUCCAACUCCGCAAUAACAAUAACCACCCCUCAACUCGAUUUUACCCCUCCCGUCAACACUCGACACAGUCCCAUCACUCCCACCACGACUCAGGCGGUAGCACCACUCCGCACUCCAACCCAGAUGGCAGCGGCACAGGUAGCGGCGAUAACACGCCCCCAGGAUCCUAUUUCGCAGGUGCCACACCUGGUUCCACUUCCUACGACAUGGAAGCCCUCACCCGCACCCCCAGCUAUAACACCGCCGUCCGCACUCCCGCCGCACACACGCCCCUCUCCGAAGACUUGCCCUCGUACGAGAUUGCAGCUAGUAGACCCUCAAGUCCGAAUCGCAGCGCGAAUGCAAGUACCGAGAGUAGUCGUGUCGGCACACCUAGUCCGCGCCGCUCGCGCACGGCGAGCCUGGACACGCUGCAGGAGGAGACGAGGAGAAAUACAAUGUUGAAUGGCGGCACCUCGAGGGAGUAG